AUGAAUUACUGGAAAAGACUUAGUGGUACAGAGUUGUACAAGAAUACGUGGUCGGUACUUACAGAGUUCUACAAGAACACGUGGUCGGUACUUACACAGUUGUCCAAGAACACGUGGUCGGCACUUACACAGCUGUACAAUAACACGUGGUCGGUACUUACACAGUUGUCCAAGAACACGUGGUCGGCACUUACACAGGUGUACAAUAACACGUGGUCGGUACUUACACAGUUGUACAAUAACACGUCGUCGGUACUUACGCAGCUGUACAAUAAGACGUGGUUGGUACUUACGCAGCUGUCGUCGGCACUUACACAGCUGUACAAUAACACGUGGUCGGUACUUACGCAGUUGUAUAAUAACACGUCGUCGGUACUUACGCAGUUGUACAAUAACACGUCGUCGGCACUUACGCAGCUGUACAAUAACACGUGGUCGGCACUUACGCAGCUGUACAAUAACACGUGGUCGGUACUUACGCAGCUGUACAAUAACACGUGGUCGGCACUUACGCAGCUGUACAAUAACACGUCGUCGGCACUUACGCAGCUGUACAAUAACACAUGGUCGGCACUUACGCAGCUGUACAAUAACACGUCGUCGGCACUUACGCAGCUGUAA